AUGGGAAACUUGUCACUCUAUGAGAAUAUGAAACAACCAGGAAGUCAAGCAAGCAGUAUAGAUUUGAACAAAACCAUAGGAUUGGCGCUUCAAGCCGCUCAAUACCGAAGCAUCAACUUUGAGAAGACCCAGAAAACGAUCUACUCAAUAGAUUUCAUCAAGACCAGUUCCCUGCGUGCUCUGAGUGAGUUAACUCUCGAACGCAAUUGGAUUGGCAUCAUUUGGAUGAGUAGAAAUGAAGUUAUGAUCAAAUUAGUGAAGCCUGGUCUAGACGGCCUUAUCGAGCAUUCGCGUCCUGAACCGCGCACACCGGCUGAUCGAGCAACGAACGUACCGCGAUCGUCCCGCGCACAACAUCCGCGCCAUCCCGCCAAGUGCACGGCUGAGCUCACGUACCGAUCCGGAAAGCAUCGUCCCGCGGUCGAGCCGUUUCAGCCUCACCACCAUAAUCCGCGCACGACCGCGCAGCGCGAACCAGGAAGCACUGUCUUGCGGCCGCACUGCACACAUCACGUCCCGCGGCCGAUCCAUCCGUCCGACCAGGAAGGCUUCGUCCCCCGACCGGUCCAGAAGCUUCGGCCAAAUCAUCCAUCCGUCCGACCCCGUCGGCCAAACGCGAAAACUCUCGGCCACGAUCGUCCCGACCGUGUCGAUAGCCUGACCACGACCCGAUAG